CUGGCAGGGUGGAAAGACAAGUUAGAUGAAGAACUCAAGGCUCUAAAGAUCAAAUGGACAGACAAUGAGUCUUCACAUAAAUAUCAGCUUGUUGGUGACAAUUGGGAUAAGGAUAUUCUCCCAUCCUAUCGCACUACAGAUCGGAAAACACAGAGCCUCCACCUAUUCCAAAUGUAUGCCAUUGUUGACAGAUUUUCUCCGACAAGUCCAGUGGGGUCAAAUGGAUUUGAAAAUAACCUAGUAUACAUUCCUUCUGUCCAAGAACAGGAGCAACUACUGAAUGAGCUUACAUUCAUAUUUGCAACAGCCAUCAUCAGAAACAUCCCUGAUGUAUCAAAGUAUUUGGAUAACAUAUACCCACAGCAUUUGGACCAUAAACAUAGUAAAUAUGCAGGAAUUAAAACAACACAGUAUCCACUUGGACUCUAUGACACAAAUGAGAACAAGACUGAUAAAGUUAUCCGUCUCCUGAAAACUCUAACUGAUCUAUAUGUCCCAGUAAGGAAUGAAGAGGUCAUUGAUGCAGUUUUCUUUGGAGGUGAUCGUUUGACUGGUGAGCGGGUUCAGUGUGCACAAGUUGCCCUUAAAGACUCGCAAACAUCAAAAGGGAGACUGGAGGGUUUUAUUUCCAAAUCUGAAGACUUUCAUCGGCUGAUGAAUUUUCUUGAAGCAAUUUUUAAGUUGACAUACAGUACAGACGUGGCAGGUGACCCUUGCACAGUACACUACUACAGAAACCUUCUUGGUCACAGAAGUGUAAAGGGCAAGGUAAAGAACGCAUAUAGAGCAUACAAGUUGUUGUACUACACAAUUUUAGAUGCCAUAUGUGUAGUGCUGUUCAUGGACAGUCUGGGAUCUGCGGAUAUGGACAACCUGCGACUACCAGAUCUUUCCAAGAUGACAUCAGCAGACAGAAUAAAAUGGCUAAAUGACACGUGUCAAGAGUUGGUCCAUCAAUGGUUUUUCGAAAACACAGAUGACAUAUGUGAGGAAAUGAGACAAUUUUUGGAGAAUCCUCAGCAUCAGGAGAACUAUUGGACAGCAAAUCACAAUAAUGGUCGAUUCAGGUGUCAUCGUUGUGAUAAAGAUUACAAAAGAGUCAGUUCUUUAAAAUCACAUGAAUCUCGAAAACACGGAUUGUCACUGACCAGACAGAAGAAGAAAGCGGUAACAAAAGAAAGAUGAGUUACAAGAUUAUUUACUGAUGCUC